AUUUCAGUGGAUUUCCAGGAUCUAGAACGUAUUAUUAGAUCUAAUUAUUGCGUCAAUGAGACGAUCUAUGGAACUUUACUUUAUUUGAAUUUGCUGAAAAUAGAUUAUAAAUAUAUUUGUAAAAUUAAAUUCUUAAGGUACACUCGUCCAUGUAACUUUUUAACAUGUUUACAUAGUGGCUAAAUAAUGUCGAUUAGCCAGACAGCUGAGAAUCCACACUUCAUUCUUCUUGUUACGAAAUUUGGCCGGAAGAAAGAUUCAUAUACCCAUAACAGUUACAAUGCAUUAUCGAAGGAAAACAUUGAAGUUUUACCUGGAACAUUACUUUACAUAGUUGAGGAAAAUACAGAAAAUGGAAGAGUUGAGUUUACGCUGGAGACGCAAGACUUGGAGAAACCUAUUAUUUUAAAGUGUGUUCCAGGGGAAGUAGAAAGCAUUCCUCAAAAUGUGGUAGAAUUACUAAAACCAAUCCCCACAUGCAAAGACAGACUGGAGGUUUACAAUGAUAAGGAAUGGUUAAAAGAUGGAAAGCGUUUGAAACUCCAGGAUAAAGUUUAUGUAAAACUUAAAGUAGAACAAAGUGAACUUGAGGGCAUCCUACGAUAUAAAGGAUCAGAAAUUCCUGAAACCAAAGGAAUAAUGUUUGGAGUUCAGUUAAUGGUAUGUGAGGGGAUAUUUUAUGCUAAGUCUACAGAUUGCUUAAAUACUUAUUUAGGCAUAUGCCUAUAUCAAAGUUAAAAUUAAAUUAUAGAAACGUUUUAUCAUCUUUAAUAUUUCAUACAGGUAAUCAUAUUCUUAAACUAACAAGAGGCAAUUAUUAGGUAGAAAUCAUAUAGGCUAAAUAUAUGGCUUAUAUGGCAUGGUGUAAUCAUAAAUGUCUUAAAAAUAGAAUUGAACAAUACCAUUAUAAUUAUAAUGAUAAUCCCCAGAGAUAAUGUGCGCUUUUAAAAACAUUUACAUCACUAAGUAAAGCAACUUCUUGGUUUAUUAUAAUUCUUAUGUUUAAUCAAUUUAUCUUCAAUGAAAACAGACAAUCUGAGUUUGCUUUACAUUGGCCUCUGUUAAUAUGAUAUAUAUGAUUACUUAUCCAGCUUAUUAUUAUUUUAAUAGAGUAAACUUAAGGAAGAUAAUCACUUUUUAUGAUUUGAGAAAAGCAUGCCACUUGAGUUUAUCUAAAAAUACUUGAAUGCUGUGUCUUCAGGAUAAAAAAGGUACUUGUGAUGGCACAAUUAAAAAAAAAAGACUGUUUAAAACAGAACAAGACUAUGCUGUUUAUGUUCCACUACAUAAAAUCAGAAGAAGAAGGGAAGACUGGCAUAAAAGCACUCGUUUGAGAGCAGAUGAAGAUGGCGAAGGAUUUUAUCGUCACCAGGAUAGUGUCAGAUGCAACCUACAGCUUGGAGAGAGGGUUGUAUGGCUGAGCGAUGAUGGACCUGAGAAAGGAUCUGUGCGGUGGGUUGGUUGUCUACCAGGAGAACCAGGAGAUAAUAUUACAGUUGGAGUAGAAUUCGUAAGUUUUUUCAUAGACAUCUUAUUUUCUUAAUUAAAAAUAGAAUUUAUGGCAUGAAAAAUUGACAGCCAUCAGUUGAGAACUAUUGCACUAUAUAGACAACUUGUAAUCCACUUUUCUUUAAAUUCAUUUAUUAAAAUAAACUCUUCUGAUGAGAUUAAGCAAAUAAAUUGAUUUGAAUUUGACACAUGAAUCAUAAUACUUUUCUAUUAAUGUAAAUAAUGUAUUUUAAAUAAUGUAAUGUACAAGCUUUUAAAAUAUCCCAGUAGGAUAUGCAUUUAUAUUUUUAUUUAGUUAAAUAAUUAAAAUUUAAAUUGUUUUGCCUUGCAGGAUAGACCAGUAGGUACUGGUACAGGCAAAUAUAAAGACCGCAGACUUUUUUAUACAAAACCAGGCCAUGCGUCACUAAUACCACUGAUAGGACUCAUAAAAGAAAUUGAAUUUGAAGGAAACCCAAUAGGUAAUUCUUUUCACCUUUCCGCUUAGUUUUAAUUGUCACUCAACUGAAGCUGUGGAGCUGAAAUUCAUCAUCUCUUACUCUAUUAUAUGACACAACCUUGGCCCAUAAAACCAAUUUAUUUUUGGAAAUGUAUGACUACGACUCUAUCACGCCUCUAUCAAAGACUUUAAAAAUAAAAUUAUUAAAUGCUAGUUGAGAGCUGUAUUCUUAUUAUGGAAAACUAAUGAGUAUCCUUAUGAGAUAUUAAUGUUUUUCCAAUAAAAUUAAAGAAGGAAUUCAACAAUAAUUUUUGUUAGAAUUAAGCCAUCUAAUACUUGUCAAAAGGAUAUAAAAAAAACUUUAUCAGGACUUAAUUUAUUAGUUAUGCAGCCAAUUCAUUUUACAUUAAGGUUUUCUAAUGGAGUUUAAGGUACAAUAUUAAAAUAAUAUUGAAAAAUCCACCCCAAAUUAAAGUUAUAUUUUUUUUUAGAAUGAUUAAUAUGAGCAAUAUAAUUCCAGAAUAGAUAUGAUAAGUUGAUAUACAGUUUAGGUUUUAAGUCUUUAAUUUAUUUAAGUUAAAUUCUCCUAAAAACAAGUUACAAAUGAUAUUUUUCAAUUUGUUUCUCUUAUUUUUAGGUCUUGAGCCAUUGGAUGUGACUCAAACGUCACCAGAGUUGAUACGAAAUCAGCAAAUUUUGCUGGAAACGUUCAACAACUCUGGCUCAGCGAGGCAUUAUGAUGCUGUGAAUAGUAAAUUGGGCCUUGGAAAAAUUAGCACAGAACUUGGCCCUAUGGUAGGUGUUUCUAUUGUAACCAAUUAGCUUAAGGACACAGGAAGCACUUUAAAGGUAAACAUGGCCCAUCAUAUAUUGGUAAAUUAAAUUUUACAAAACUCUAAUCCACUUUGAACAUAACCUGCGCUAAGAAUGAAUUUUCUUCUUACUUUACAAGCAACAACAUUAUACACUGAAUGUUUUUUUCUCUGCAUUUCAAAUAUUAAAAAAAUCUUUAAAAUAGAUAUUUAUAUUUCCUCUAUUAUCUCCUGCCCCCAAUACCCCAAAGCUUAAUGUUCGAUCAAUUUGCUUUGCUAGGCAGAUGUCACCAACUAGCCCAUAACUUGUUUCCACGAAUAGGUAUUUAUUCUAAUUUUGACGUUAUUAACAAAAGAAAGUGAUUGCAGCUAAUAGUCGGUUGUCAAAAAUAUAGUAACAGAAUUUCUAGCUAAAGUAUAGUAACUGCCUGUCCAAAAAAAAAAAAAAAAAUUGACUCCUGGCAAUAAAGUACAAAGUUUCCAUCAUAGCACAAUUACCAAUUGUCUCUCUCGCCCACAAAAUGAGCACAGCCUUUAUAUCAUCAUUCACAUGCGUGCAAACGUGGCCGAGUUAAAUUCUUGAUUAAAGAUUUUAAGGAUUUAUUCUGUUUCAAGAUUUGACUUUUUAGAAAAACAAUAUGUAACAAAGGACUUAAAACAGUUUACUAAGUAACCAAAGCUAGUGAAGUUAACAAUACUCAAUUUAUUUACAGUACACUAACAAUUCUUUUAUCAUAACUACAAAAUAAAAUGUAUAGAUAUAGAAGUAAGAUAAGAUUCUUUUAUUGAUCCAAACAAAUGGAAAUUUUUUUGAUUGCAUUGUACAUUUUAAGCACAUAAAUAGAACGAUUUGAACACAAGAUAUCUACAUUAAAUUAUUGCACUGGACACUAAACCUCCCCAACUUCCUUUUAGUGAAACUGAAACAAACACAUCACAAUAAGACAAGCUUCAGGUUUCACUUUCACUCUCAGCAUUUGACAGUUUCUAUUCUACCUUGCUAUCCAGUAGUCAAAGACAGCUUGAGAGCUAAAGUGUGUUAAUCUGGGUCAUGAACAUCCAGCUCUGGUAGAUGUUACAUGACAUAAUAGUUUACAAAGUGGCCAUUGGCAGUUAGGAAGAGAAGGUUUUCAAACAAUUUGUUUUUGAUCCAUAUGAUAUAUAUAGUGUCUUGUCUCCUUUUGUGACUGCAUUCAUUCCUUGAAACUACCUUUCUGAUACUAAGUGCCUUGACAUAGAAUGGGCUGAUAUCUUUGGUAGCUUUUUUUUUGCAUGAUUAAUAUGAUAUUUGCCACUUUGUGUCUGUGAUAGAUUUGCUGUCAUCUUUUUUUAAGGGGGAAUGAGCUAGAAUAAUACCAUAAUAUUACUUUGUUAUUAGGGCAGCAAACUUAUGACACAUUGUCUUCAAUGGUUACCAUCUUAUUGUAACCAAAAAUUAAAAUAUGAUUCUUUGUUUUUAGUUUGUUUUACAUAAUUCUACUGUAAUUAUUUCAUUCUUUGCUUUAGUUUGUUUUACAUAAUUCUACUGUAAUUAUUUCAUUCUUUGCUUUGUUUGUUUUACAUAAUUCUACUGUAAUUAUUUCAUUCUUUGCUUUUGUUUGUUUUACAUAAUUCUACAUUAAUUAUUUCAUUCUUUGCUUUAGUUUGUUUUACAUAAUUCUACUGUAAUUAUUUCAUUCUUUGCUUUAGUUUGUUUUACAUAAUUCUACUGUAAUUAUUUCAUUCUUUGCUUUGUUUGUUUUACAUAAUUCUACUGUAAUUAUUUCAUUCUUUGCUUUUGUUUGUUUUACAUAAUUCUACUGUAAUUAUUUCAUUCUUUGCUUUAGUUUGUUUUACAUAAUUCUACUGUAAUUAUUUCAUUCUUUGCUUUAGUUUGUUUUACAUAAUUCUACUGUAAUUAUUUCAUUCUUUGCUUUAGUUUGUUUUACAUAAUUCUACAUUAAUUAUUUCAAUAUAAAAUAUAAGAGAAUGUGUGUAUUUAUGAUUUCAUACCAUUUCUUUUUAAAGCAGGUCACCUUGGGUGGGCCACCAAACUACAACCAGUCCUAUGCGGAGACGGGACUUGUCAACAGUCAGGAUAUUCCUCUCUACAAACAGGACGUGGUCUUCAGACACCGUGGUACAGACUACAGCGGGCCCAACCCCAUGUAUGAGCACUCAAGAAUGCUGCAAGGUUAGUAGGAUGGGAGAGUAUAGACAAUGUAGAGAUGGUAGACAUUGUCGGUAACAUAGACAGUGUAGAGAGCAUAGACAUAGUAGGUUAUAUAGACAUGGUAAAGAGUAUAGACAAAUAGAGAGCAUAAACAAUGUGGAGAGCCUAUACACCUUAGAGGAUAUAUUAGAGGAUAUAGAGACUGUGGAGCAGAGGUUCUCAACCUAUGGUCCACAUGCUCAGGGGGUUCAGGAGCUGCUUUUCCUGUGUAAUUUUCUUUUACUUUUUUGCUUUUGGGAACUAUAUUCUAAGAAGGGGACCAUAAAAAGGUUAAGAACCCCUGCUGUAGAGGUUCAUCAUAUCACCUUUUAAAAAUUGCCUAAGAUUGUAAACCAUUUAUUUUAACAAUUUUGCUACUUGAGAAACAUAUAUCUAUUGAACCAUAAAAUCUAUUGAACCAUAAAAAUCUAUAGAACCAACUGUAAGAAUAUGAUCUGGUUGUUUGCUCACAGUAGUAUUGUUUGAGUUAUUCUUUUCAUUUAAAACUUCAAUGAAUGCACAUUGUCUUUAACCCAGCCAACUGAUAACAUUAAGCCGUUAGUUAUUCCCAUAUCUUCACAUCAGUAGUGUUUUUUUCUUUUCCAGAGGCGUGUGUUGUUCAAAAUUUAGAUACAAAGUCUUCCAAUUCCUCAAGCUUUGGGCGGAGCAGCAACCAGGAAGUGGAUCCAGACCUGGGUGUUGGCUCCAUGGUCCAGGUGCAAUUAAAAGUACCCCUGUACGGGGUCAUCCGUUGGAUUGGCGAGGCUGACGACCAGUCGGGAAAGUUAAUAGCCGGAUUAGAAAUGGUGAGAGUAUUUGAAUUGCUGAUACUUGGCCACAUAUCUUUUUUUUAACUUUGAUUGUGUCCCUCGUUUUAAAUAAAACUGCUGUCAUUGAGUCUUGAUGCUGCAACUUGGUAUUCUCACUCAUCUGUUUGACUUGCUGCAACUUGGCAAUCUCACUCAUCUGUUUAACUUGUUUCAACUUGACAAUCUCACUCAUCUGUUUGACAUGUUUCAUCUUGGCAAUCUCACUCAUCUGUUUAACAUGCUUCAACUUGGCAAUCUCACUCAUCUGUUUAACUUGUUUCAACUUGACAUUGACAUGUUUCAACUUGGCAAUCUCACUCAUCUGUUUGACAUGUUUCAACUUGGCUAUCUCACUCAUCUGUUUAACUUGUUUCAACUUGACAAUCUCACUCAUCUGUUUGACAUGUUUCAUCUUGGCAAUCUCACUCAUCUGUUUAACAUGCUUAAACUUGUCAAUCUCACUCAUAUGUUUAAUAUGUUAUUUUUCUGAUAUGUUAUAACUUAAAAUAACUUUUACCCAUGGUAAAGAUUGAGUAUUCACAGUACUUCCACCCGCUGCUAAGAUUGAGUACUUACUGUACUUCCACCCACUUCUUAAGAUUGAGUAUUCCCAGUACUUCCACCCGCUAUCUAAGAUUGAAUAUACACUGUACUUCCACCAACUACCUUCUUUUUUUCAUCUUCAUGUUUAUUUUAUUUUUUUGUCUUAACUUUUCAAUGAGCGGCCCUGCAUCACACUUUGUGUAGUUGGUAUCAUUCACUUUGUGUUCAACUGAUGGGGCUUGUGCCUAAUUGGCUUGUACUUGAAUAUCGUCUAUUUUGUGUUCUCAAGCUUAACUAUUUUUGGUACACAUUUUUUGGUAUUUAAACCUCUUAAAGCCUUACAAUCACUCCUCACAUCUACAGGAAGAAGAGUUAUCGGCAGGGACUGAUGGGACAUUUUGUGGAACCAGGUGCUUCCACUGCGCACCCAAAAAAGCUCUUUUCAUCCCCCUGUAUAAAUGCAGUAAAGACAAACGUUUCCUCACCAACACGCUCUGUAAAGUACCAACAUCAGGUCAGUCCUCAUGAAGGGAGGGUUUUAUGGGGGGAGGGGGUGGGGGAGGGCAACCUUUAGGCAUGCAGCUUAGGUUGGUGAACGUUUUUUGGUGUCUGUGAUGUGAAAUUAAUCAUGUACUAUUUCUGACCCCUAGAUUUCGGAGGGCCAUCCACUCCCGAUCUUCCCGGUGACGUCCCGCCCCCAGACAUUUUAACAGACACAGACCUAAAACUCAUCUGUGGCAAGAAUAAAGGCAUCCAAGGUCAUCACAACUCUUGCUACCUGGACGCCACCCUUUUCUCCAUGUUCUACUUCACCACAGUUUUUGACUUUAUAUUUAAUCGACCGCCCAGCAUGGGAGACCUGCCAGAGUACCCCCAGGUUCAGCAGGUUCUCAAAGAAGGAAUCGUCAACCCUUUAAGAAAGUGAGUAUUAAGAAAUGUUACCAAGGGUGGUUGGCAUAGUUUAAGUUGUGGGGGCAGCCAUUACAAUUUCAGCAGCUUCAACUUAAGAGAGGUGGCACAAAAUGUCAGGGCAUUCCGAUUUGUCAUAUCACUUCAAUUUUAUUUCUUGUUACAUUGAUUUGUUUAACCCACAAACUGUGGUUGGACAAAAAACACGGUCCAAUAUUUAACCGGAAUUAUAGCCACUUCCUUUUAUUAACCCUUACAGUACCAGGCACGUCUUUUUGCAGUGACCUACUUUUUCCCUGUGGCCCAAGCGCAUCUUUUUUCACCAGCCGAUCGUUUUCCCUGUGGCCCGAUUUUCUUUUUUUUUUUCUGUAAUAAAUGACCUAAAAUUACUAAAAUUGCUUUCAGAGGCUUAAUUGUAAUGGAAACCUAAGCAAACUAUACAUUUUCUGAAAGAUAAAUGAAUUGGCUACCACAUUUAUAUUAGUAUAUUAUGGUCUCUAUAAAAAUUCAUGAUGUUAUGAGCACUUGAAAGCAAAACAUUUGGUCGAUAUUUUUGGUUGAUCACAUUUUUUUUUACCGGUGGGCAAUAUGGCCAACUUUAUCCCCAUCCGUUUACCUUUCUAAAAAUAUAUACUUAUUGGGGUCUUGUAUCAAUACUUAUGUGUCAUUUAAUGCUAUUUCUAAAGGCAACCAAAAAGCUCUGAAAAGCUCCCACAAAACUCUGAAAAGCUCCCACACUACAGAACGAUCUUUGCCACAGUUCGUGGGUUAAUAUUUUAAUUUAAAAAACUAAAAUAUUAAAUAAAAAUGGCAGUUGGGACAAGUAAAGUCAAUGUGGACGAGUAAAAAUUAGGCUGAGUAAAGUUAUUUUGUAUAAAUAAAGUCAAUUCGGAAGAGUAUAGUCAAUUAAGACCUGUAAAGUCAAUAAGAACAAGUCCUGUAUUAUGUUUGGGUUUUCGUGUUGGAGCUUGUUUUAUUACCAUCUGGAUUGUGUACAUCCGGGCACAGUAGAAUGUGUACAUCUUGGCUCAGUCGAUUGUGUACAUCUUGGCACAAUGAUGAUUUUUUAAAAAUGGAUUGUCAGCUUAAGCUGUUGAUUUUCUUGUCAGGAAAUAGACAUAUUUUUAAACAAUGUUUUCGUAUGCAUAUACUGGUCUUCAUAUAAAUUGCCAGUGUCCACAAAACAGUAACUGCCUUAAUUGUCUUGCUAAAAUACAUCAUUGCUGCAUUACUCUAAUUAACAGGCACCACUAUGUGAGAGCUGACAAAGUUCUUAAGUUAAGGGACCUGUUGGACAAGUUAGGGACCAUACCAGGGAUGAUGGGAGAAGAGAAAGGUAAGAAGUCUUUAUGUUUGCUAUGUGACUUAUGCAAGAAGUCUCCAUGGUUGCCGUGUGACUUAUGCUUCAUGAUGACUUUGUAAGUUAAAAUAGUUUUAAGGAUGGUGAUAAAGCGUGAAGGAUAUUCCAAAAAGAAAAAGAAAAAUAUAAAAAAACUAGUGACCAUCAAUGGAACAAAAUAAUUAAUACAUGAAUAACUUUGAAAAUAUGAGCAGCAAAACUCAUGAAAGCAAACUAGUUUGAGAUCCAUCUCAGUUUUAAAAAUUAGUUCCACUCGUUUAUUGUAUUUGUAAUUAACCUGGGACUUGGGCUAAUCAGCAACUUAGGGCUAACGAUUUUGUUCGUAAACUAAACACAUUUUUUGAAAAAUUUCUCUAAAAUUGGGCAAUUAUUUUCCAGUCCGUAAAGAGUUGUUAUAUUUGUGCACUCAAUGUGUCAAACCGCUAGCUUGGAUCGAUUUAUUUAAGAGAUCAAACUUGUAAGCUGAUUUCUGCACAAGAUUUAAUUAUAAUCCCCCCCCUCCCCACAAACCACAGUAAUUAAUUACAGUAGGUAUCUUCAUGGCCAACUACAUAAUUACUUUAAAAUAAUUUAAUCUAACAUUCAUCGCAAAUCUGUAAACUGGCUAAUUUUUUUUUGAUUGAUUGAUUUUUUUUGUUCAGAUCCUGAAGAAUUUCUUAGUGCGCUGUUAACCCAAAUAAUGAAAGCUGAUCCUCUUCUGCACUUGAGGUAAGUUUCUCCAUGAAACUAUGGACAAAAAAUGAAACAACUCUAGUGUAGGAACUUGGAGAACAUUUUUACCCUUGAAUCGUCUAUGACAUUCUCACUUGUAAGAAACGCAGACUUGUUAGAGGUUAAAUCAUGUCACGUGAGCAUGACAAAACCACUAAGCUCUGGUAGAUUUUGUUGGGUCUCCAAUGGCAACCGGUAGAGAAGUGGUUACUGCCUCGUGGACAAGACUAGAUUAAGUAAUGGUUUGGUGAAUAGUAAAAUAAAAAUGUGUGGCUAUAAAUAAAUCUGAGAGUCUUUUUAAAAAAAUAAACCUAUCAUAAUUUUUUUACCAAUGAAAUGUUUGGCAAAGGUGGCUUACUCAAAUUGAUUUAUCCUCAACAAGUGCAAGUUUUGAUUGCUUGAUGUUUGUCAGUUCAAGUUUCAAUAGCUUGAUGUUUGUCUGUGCCAGUUUUAAUAGCUUGAUGUUUGUCUGUGCAAGUUUCAAUGAAUUGAUCUUUAUAUUUGCAAUUUUCAAUAACUUGAUGGUUGUCUUUGCAAGUUUCAAUAGCUUGAUGUUUGUCUGUGCAAGUUUAAAUAACUUGAUGUUUGUCUGAGCAAGGUUAAAUAACUUGAUGUAUUAAUUAAUUAAGUUGAUGCUUUUUCUGUGCAGUUCAGGGGAGCACACCUACUUCUAUCAGUUAUUUAUGGAGAAAGAUGAGAAUCUUCUUCUACCAACUACACAAAAACUUGUGGAGCUUUCAUUUCUACAGGGCAAUGUCAAGUUAAAAGAGGUAAGAGCUCAUCAGUGGGAUCUGGCUUGCCAUCCGACUGGAGGGGUCUAGAAAGAUUUGGGGGGUUGGGGGGGGGGGUGUUGUAUGACACUAUAGAGAUACUCUCCAAACUGACAUUUUAUAAAUAUUGUUUUUCAAAGUUUGAAAAAACGUCCUGUUUAACAGCGAUGUGCCACUUUAAUGAUUCUGUACUAACGGAGCGUUUUUAUUCCUUGAAAUUAAUCCUUGACAUGUUACAUUGGUGUGUACCGUGUAAAAAAUUUAUUAUGAUUUCUCUAUUGUCUGAGCCACUGUGCAGCUCAUAUCCACUCAUUAAACAUAAUCGUGCUCUGAAUCCUUCCUGCCAGGUCCCCUCCUGCUUAAUGAUACAGAUGCCCAGGUUCGGCAAGGACUUCAAAAUGUUUCAUCGUAUAGUUCCAAGUCUUUCAUUAGAUAUCACAGAUAUAUUAGAGAAUUGUAAGUUGAUUUUUAUUGCAGCGACAUUUUAUUUUAAAAUUGUAUGCCUAGAUGGAUGUUACAAAAAUAAUCAAAUCAAAAUUCCUCCUUUAAAAAAAAAUAUUGCUAUAAUGAGCAAAGUAGCUUUUGAUUCUUCGCUAUCUAUAUAUAUAAUUCGCCAGUAAAGGUCAAACAAGACGGGUCAAAACCCGGCAGGCUAUUUAUAGAUACGCCAGAGUGUGGUUCAAUAAUGAGUUCACUAGCGGGUAAAAUAUAAUUCCCGAUAACUACGCUAAAUGAUAUAUAUUUUUUUUUUAAUAACGCAAUUGCAUUAGGUGGGUAAUAUUUUCUUUUCGGAAACGAAAUCGUCUCAAUUUAAGUAUUGCGUAAAAAACAUUUGGUUUAAAAGUGGUUUGGACAUGAUAAUAUUAAUAUGGUUCAUGGGCGUGAAAUAAAAAGUGUGCAGUGACGUAUCAUGGGGGGAGGGGUGUAGCAAAUAUUGGGCUUCUUUUAAAUGAGCGUUACUUGAGUUCGUGUUUUGUCAAGUAACUUUACUAGAUGGGAAGUUCACGCAUUGCUGUCGCCAAUGUUUGGCGGGCUGUAUCUAGUUAUAAAUAUUUUUUCCCAAUAAAUUUUCAGAAGAAGCUAAUUAGUAUGUGUAACAUUAUAUGUAUAACUGCAAAUUAUUUUCACGUUGUAUGCCUGGCCUACCUGGUACAGCUUGAAAUUCACAUGUUAAAUAAAAAUGUGUAAAGUGCAAAAAAAAUCAAACCACCAGAAAUGGAUACGUAAGAAAAACACCUUUAAAGGGAAAAGAAACUAUUUACUCUCAUUUUUGAAAAUUCAAACAUUGUAUAUUAAUUUAUACGUGAUGAUUAACUGGGAUCUUAUUCAAGAGACGUUUUAUCAACCAGGUCCUCGUGAUUGUAUUGUGUGUGGCGCCCUGGCAACUUUUGAAUGCAAAGAUUGUUACCAGGUGCACGGGCCCGGCCUAAACACAACAGCUUUUUGUGAUAAAUGUGUCAAGAAGGUGAGCUUUUAUGGGUUUUUUUUUUUUUAUUCUAAAAAUUUCUGAGUGAUCUGUAACUUAAAGUCCUCCUGGCCUUAAAGUCGGUUGGUCAACAAGCUUCAGGGAGUCAGCAAAAUAAAAUUGUUUGUUAAUGAGAUAGAUGCCUAUAGAUGCAGAUAGAUGCCUAUAGAUGCAGAUAGAUGCAGAUAGAUGCAGAUAGAUGCAGAUAGAUGCAGAUAGAUGCAGAUAGAUGCAGAUAGAUGCAGAUAGAUGCAGAUAGAUGCAGAUAGAUGCCUGUUGGGUGAACCGUUUUUUUGUGGGUGUUCUUUUUGUUUAAAAUAAAUUCCUUGACAUUCUAAAUCACAGUAUCACAACAGCACAAAUUUAUUUUUAAACUCUUACUUUUUCUUCUUGUGCUGUGAUGUUAACAAGCAUUCCUCCUCAAGCUAAAAGCUUACAUUCAUUGUUUGGAUAUCAGUAGCUGACUUGCCUGCCACAUCAAAGAUAUGGUUACUGCCCCAUGAACUGCCUUUUUGAAAGUUUUGUAUGAAUUCAUUGAAAAAUUAUAUUCCAUCCUAACCUCUCUACAUGCAUUUCCUUAAUUAAUAGGCACUCAAAGUUAUAUUUAGCAAUAUUCAAAUACCAUUCGCUUGGGACUGUGCUCCCAUUAAAUCAUAUCAAAUAUAAUACUAUAAUUAAAUUGUAGCAAAUAUAAUAUCAUUAUAAAACCUUGUAAUAAAAACUCAUCAGAUUAUUUGCCAAUUAUAAUCUAGCUAAUAUUUCUUAUCUUUUUAUCAAAUACAUAUGUCAUUAAUUUCUAGUAGCUUUAAACCUGUGCUCCGCCGAGCCUUCGGGACUCUAAAUGCACUUCUCAGGGCUCUAAAUGCACUUCUCAGGGCUCUAAAUGCACUUCUCUGGGCUCUAAAUGCACUUCUCAGGGCUCCGCUGCCACACAAAAAAUAACUCCAAUAACUUGUAUGACAUAUGUUAAGGCUUAAAGGGCUCCCUCACAGAAAUGGAUUCUAAAAAGGGCUCCGUGAAUCAAAGAGGUUUGGAACCACUGAUUUGUAGGCUUUGGUCAUAAGAUAAUCCUCUUUAUUUCAACACCAAUCCACAGUCCCACCAACAUAUGAGCAGGCGGGCUCAUAAACCAACACCCAUCUCAACAGCGGAAGAUUUUCUACCAUAUUAUACAUCGUUGAAAGAGGAAGCCAUGAAAAAUUGUCCCAGAACUGGUGACGACGAUCCCCCCUACGUCCCUGUUGCCCUGCCCCGUGAGACCAUGGAACUGUUUGCGGUCAUCUGCAUUCAGACCAGUCAUUACGUCACUUUUGUCAAGUGCGGGUCGGGCAAGAAAGCCUCAUGGGUCUUUUUUGAUUCCAUGGCCGACCGAAUGGGUAAAAAAAAAAAUAAUAAUGCCUUUUGUUUUUUUUAUUUAUUGCUUGACCCAAAGUUGAUAAAGAAUUGGACUGAUGAUAAAUUUUUAUUUCAAGUUAAUAAAUAGUUGUUUUUUUAAAAGUAUGCAGAUAGAAAUUUAUUUGGAUCAAUACUUAACUUAUUUUUGUGUGUGUUUCAGGUGAGCAAGGUGGAUACAAUAUCCCAGAAGUUACUCAAAUCCCAGAUCUUUCUACCUGGCUGGAUGAAAAAAAUCUGACAGAAUUGCUGAAAGUGGGGGAGGAUAAAAACUUUCCAGAGCACUUGCGAAGAAUAUUGUGUGAUGGGUACAUGUGCAUGUACCAGAGCCCAGACGUCAUGAUGUACCAAUGACACGUGCUGCGAUGCCAUCAUGUAACAAAAAACAUAUGGCAACGGACACCUGCUUCUACUUGGUGCAGUACACGGCCCCCACAGCUGUACUCCUUUGGUGCACGAGUACAUCUUACGUGCUGUGGUGGGCGGAAGGGGGAACUACUUAAAAAUUUAUUUUGUUGGUACCUUGUCAGACUUGAACACUGCCUUCAAAUAUAGGGCAAUAAACUGUUGAUCUUUUUUUCUAAUCCCAUCUCCCAAUCAUCCACACAAAAAAAGUCACCCGCCAACCCGACAAAACUGAGAUUCACAUGGAACAAAGUAAAAUUCAGUCGAAGCCAUGCUCCUUAAUUGUGCCAUUAUAAUAACAGGCAACACUGUGAAUAUUUCCUUGAUCACAACUGAUCAAAAGAAGAAUAGAGAUCCCAUGAAAAGACUAGAGAUCCCAUGAAAAGAAUAGAGAUCCCAUGAAAGGAAUAGAGAUCUCAUGAAAAGAACAGAGAUCCCUUGAAAACACCUGGCCCACAUAAACAACAAGAAAAACCAAUUUGGAUGAAUGAAUGUCAGUGUUCCUUAACACAUUAGUUUAUUCUUUGGUGAGAUGACACCCUAGAUACCUACCCAUUUAAAGAAAUGAAGAAGGCCAGUGUAGGAUUCUUGCCUUAUCGCUCCUCCUCCCGAAGCAAAUUGUUGAGAAAGUGGGGAAGAUGGGGGGUUGGACACAGGAGAGAAGCAAUGGCUUCUUACAGCAACCGGCUAUUUUUAAAAUAAAAGAAGUGCUUUGAGCUUGAGUUAAUUUACUUGUUAGAUUAAAAAGUCUGGCCAACACGUGAAUCGGUGCCAAGUCAUGGAGGAAUGCAGUUGAAGAUGCUCUAUAAGUUACUGAUGACAUUUCGGCCUGUGAACAUAGUAGUAUUUAGUAGAAGAUGUUCUAUAUACGCUACUGAUAACAUCUUGGCCUGUGAACAUAGUAGAAGAUGUUCUAAAAGUUACUGAUGACAGACAUCUCGCCCUGUGAACGUAGUAGAAGAUGUUCUAUAAGUUACUAAUGACAUCUCAGCCUGUGAACGUAGAAGAAGAUGUUCUAUAAGUUACUGAUGACAUCUCGGCCUGUGAAUGUAGUAGAAGAUGUUCUAUAUAAGCUACUGAUAACAUCUUGGCCUGUGAACAUUGUAGAAGAUGUUCUAAAAGUUACUGAUGACAUCUCGGACUGUGAAUGUAGUAGAAUAUGUUCUAUAAGUUACUGAUGACAUCUCGGCCUGUGAACAUAGUAGAAGAUGUUCUAUAAGUUACUGAUGACAUCUCGGCCUGUGAACGUAGUAGAAUAUGUUCUAUAAGUUACUGAUGACAUCUCGGCCUGUGAACGUAGUAGAAGAUGUUCUAUAAGUUACUGAUGACAUCUCGGCCUGUAAACGUAGUAGAAGAUAUUCUAUAAGUUACUGAUGACAUCUCGGCCUGUGAACGUAGUAGAAGAUGUUCUAUAAGUUACUGAUGACAUCUCAGCCUGUGAACGCAGUGGAAGAUGUCCUAUAAGCUACUGAUGACAUCUCGGCCUGCGAAUGCAGUGCUCAUGCUAUACAUCAAAUCAUCUGUGUUUUUCUCACUGCCCCAAUGUUUUUAAUAUUGUGUUUCUUGGAGAUUUUUUAUUCUUAACUUGCGUGUUUGUGUGUGUGUGUGUAACAAAACUGAAACUGCUGAAUUCCCAUUAGGCCUUCAAGUGUGUUUUAAGCCUUUUUUUGUGUGUUGUUGUUGCCCCAUUGACCUGUCAAAUGAGUUCUGGAAAAACUUCAAUUUCAAUGUUUCUUGUCUGUGUGAUAUAUUGGAAGAAAAGCUUUGUAAUCCUUGAAUCUAAUCAACUACCAGUGACUACCAGUUUACAUUUAAUGUUUUGAUGAUUGAAUGAGUGGGUUCACCGUGAUUGAAUGAGUGGGUUCACCGUGAUUAAGUGAGUUGGUUCACCAUGAUUGAUUGAGUGGGUUCACUGUGAUUGAGAGAGUGGGUUCACCGUGAUUGAAUGAGUAAGUUGACCUUGCUUGAGUGGAUGGGUUCACCAUGACUGAGCGAAUGGGUUCACCUCUGUUUUUUUUUUUUUAAUGCCUUGUGGAUUGUUUAAGUGAUGAGAGCUGGAUAAACUGAGUAAAUCAUCCAUCUCUUGAGGUUGACCUAGUUGAAACCUGUAAACCUGCCUGGUACUAAUGACAUGUUAGAGGGAAGCAGUACUACCUGUAGUGAUGUAUAGUAGUAAUUAGUAGAUGAAAUUUAUCAUGAAAUGCUCGUGCUGCCCCAAUCUUAUGUGCAGACACACUGUGUUAAUUUCUGUUACCGUGAAUCAUGUCAACCUAUUAGAUG